CAGACAUUACUUAUUGGCACAUUGUGAUUUGUGGCUUGUGCUAUAUUUUAUUAUAAAUAAUAUGUUUCACUCAUAACUAAAAAGAUUUCUUUUGUCAUAUAUCCUACAAAAAUAAAAUUAGAUUUUGUUAUUAGAAAUAUUAUGACAUGACAUUUUUUUUUGUGUUUCAGUCAUACCCUAUUUGCUCCAACAAACAUUCAGUGAACGGUACACAUUGAAAUGCACUCUCAUGGGGAAUCAAAUCAAGUGAAAGACGAUGUAGAUCUACUUGAAGAGCUAUUAAAUAAGACAAACUGUGCUCAUUUACAUUAUAAAGUUCAAGAUUGUAUAGCAACUACUAAAGAUUGGAGAAAAUGUCAAGUUGAAGUAAAAGCUUUUAAAGAGUGUAUUGAAAAAAAUCAAAAAUUAGCUGAUAAAAACAAUGUUUGA